AUGGAUAGCUCGGAUGAAGAAAUGUUUUUAUUUCAAAUUCUAUUUGAUGAAGAGAAUAGAAUAAAAAAGAAGCAGCGGUCAGUAAAAUACUGGGUCCAUGAUAUCAACAGAAAAAGAAAUAUCCACGGAGAGUUUUGCCAUUUGUUUUCUGAUCUACAAAAGGACCCAAGCAAAUUUUUCCAGUACUUCCGAAUGACCUUUGAAAAAUAUCAAGAGUUACUGAACAUCCUGGAUCUGAAGAAACAAAACACAAGAUUUAGAAAGCCUAUUCCGUCAGAAGAACGGCUAGCUUUAUGCCUAAGAUUUCUGGCUACGGGCAAUUCCUUUAGAUCGUUGGCAUUUAGCUUCAGAAUGGGAGAGAGAACUCCAAAGAAGAAAAACAAACGCAAUUCUGCAGGUGAUCUCACACCUGAAUUGGAAGAAAAGUUGUACCAACAUAUUCUAGAAAUGGAAGCCUGUUUGUACGGUCUAACACCAAAAGAUGAUUAUGAGUUCGUUAUUUUACUUGAAGAUAACGACAACUUACCGGCUAUUGAGAAUGAGAACAUGAUUGUGGAUCCUUUGUUUUCAGAGCUUAAUGAUGUAGAUGACAAUGGAAUACCAAAAGAUGUAACCUCGGAUGUUCCACCAUUUUCGUGCACCAGUGUUGAAUCUACUGAUGUAAAUACGAUGCAAACAAUACCGUCUGCUUCCAAAACACCUGUUAUACUAAGCCCUGAUUUAUCGGAUAAUUGCAACAAUAUAAAUAUUCAACCUGAAACAUCAAUCAUAGCAACAAAAGAAGUAAAACAAUAG